ACAUUUGCUGUUUCAGUUUCUGACUGUUUUGUUCAAAUCAUAAAAUCUUAGGGAAUAUCUCGCUGUAAUUGUGAUUAUAUAGCUGAUAUAUCAGGAGAGUGAUGUCUGGUCGAAAGUCACCGACGCCAGUUAACCCUACCAGAACAAAACGAAGAGUGAAAUUUUCAAAAUUACCCCAAAGAUUUCGACGACCAUUGUCUGCUUCAUCAUCUGCUGAUACAAUUUGGAAAAAAGAAAACUGGAAAGAGGAUCGAUGGUUAACUGGUUCGACAAACUUUGAAGACGUUGCUGAACUGAAUGUCUCCGACAAAAAUAGCAUAGCAAAGCCAUGUAGUUGCUCAUCCUUUAUGGGAUGUUUUUGCGGUGCAAGAAGAUAUAGAAAAGUAGGGGCUUACGAUUCGUCCCCCAAUAGCCCGCUAGGUGGCGAAGAGGAUUUUAAAAAUAGCAACCGGUCUCAUGAUCUCAUCCGUAUAGGAGUAGAGAUUGAUUCAUCUUCGAGUGAAUCCAAUGACCCAAUUAGAGAUAAUGAAACUAAGGUAAAAAACAUCAGCGAAUAA